AUGUGUUUUGAUAAUAGCAGUACAUCUCAAUGUCUUAAUGGUGGUUAUUGCAGUUUGAAUGAUACUUGUAUAUGUGCAAGUGCUUGUUUCGUAGGUAAUUUCUGUGAGAUUAAUUAUAAUGCAGUUCGUUUACCACUUACUGGUGCUAUUAUUCAAGAUAUUUCAACAGGACGAGACUUUUACAUAGCUUUCUUUUUUCUACUUGGAUUCUGUGGCCUUAUAAACAAUGCUCUAUCAUUGGUAACAUUCAUACGUGAACAAAUUCGUCUUACAAUAUGUGGCCUUUAUUUAAUUUUGUUUUCCAUAUUUGGUAUAGGACUUACGUUAACUAUUUUCACUUAUAUAGCAACUAUUUUUUGCUAUAAAAAUCAAACAUAUCAAUAUAUAGCUUGUUAUUACAUACCAUUUAUAGCAGUCGCUUUAAAUGAUGGAGCUUUCUUAUUCACUACAGCUAUUGCAGUCGAACGUAUUAUUAGUGAUUGUUGCAAUUUAAAUAUUCAAAGACGACGAACACGAGGAUUAUUCGUAUCUAUAAUUAUUAUUGUUUAUGUGUGUUGUUCAAAUAUAGAUGAAAUAUUUCUUCGUCGUAUUUCUACUGAUCCUAUAGGUAAUAAGAUUUGUGUGUAUGAUUUUGAGCGAUAUCCAACAUGGCGUCGUAUUGAUAUUGUUUUUUCUUAUACACAUGUUAUUAUACCUUGUGUAAUACAUUUUAUUUGUUCAGUAUAUGUUCUUACGAUAAUUGCUCGUCGAAAAAUAUUUAUUCGUGGUAUAGAAAAUAGAUUUUUUCAUGUAUGGUGUGAACAAUUACGUAUUAAUCGAGAUUUUUUUAUUCCACCAAUAUGUCUUAUUUUCUGUAUUCUUCCACAUGGUAUAUUAGGUCAUUUACUUCAAACAUGUAUACCAUAUUCAGACAAAAGUAAACUUCGUCUUCAUAUAUUAUUUGUAGUUUUAUUAUUUGUUCCACAAAUGUUAAGUUUUAUCUUAUAUGUAUGUCCAAAUCAAAAAUAUUGGAAAGAAUUUCGAUGUACAAUUGUUUAUCGUAAAGUUUGCAGUAAUUUUUGUCAUAGACAACAAAGAUUGCAACAACAAAAUGAUACGGAAUUACAAAGAGAACAAAUAAGAAUGUCAGUGUACUUCAUCAAUGAAACAAGUUCUGCUAAUGAACAAAUGGAUACUACUAUAUAG